UAAAUAAGGCCCUAGUGAAGGUAGUUCUUUCGGCUCUAUCUUGUGGUUUUUUUUGAGGUAAAAAGAAAAAGCAGCAUCUCUAAUUGCAAGAAGAUGGAACACAUGCCGUCCGAUCCGAGUCGCGGUCAAAGAGUCAAACUGAUCGAACGGUUCACGAUCAACAUGGCCCCUUCACAUUUGCCAAUCUUCUCCUGUACGCUUCCCAACGUCUCGACACUUUCGUUCCCUCUCCCUCCAUCCCUCGUCUCUCCCUGUUCCCGCCGCCAUUUCGAACCCACCUCCGAUGGCCACCGCCGAAGGCGACGCCGACUGGUCCCUGCCCUCCCCCACCGACCUCGAUGACAACGGGUUCCCGGAUCUACCCUGCUCCCCCGCCGCCUCUAGCAGCUGCUUCGCGGAGGACUUCUACAGCAGCGGCACCGACUGGUCCUCCCUGCGUGCCCCUCCGCCGCUGCGCCCGCCCGGAAGGGCACCCGGUGUGAAGGAGAAGGAGAUGGGAGGCGGUUCGCUCGUGCAGAGCAGCCUCCUCCAGGCGUGGGGGAUCGAGAAGCCGCGGCGGGAGGCUGGGGAUUCAUCGCUUGUGCAGAGGAGCCUCUUCCAGGCGUGGGGGAUCGAGAGGCCACCGAGGGAGGGGCUCGGGGCUGGGCAUUCAUCCCCCUCCCCCUCCCGUUCCGGUUCUUGGUUGGGAAGGAAGCGGAGGCGAGGAAGCACCGAGGAGGAGCGGGUGGCGCCCAAGAAGCCCCUCGCGUGCCCCUUCUACAAGAAGAUUCCCGGCACACCAUUCACGGUGGAUGCGUUUCGCUAUGGACAAGUUGAGGGGUGCUCGGCCUAUUUCCUUAGCCAUUUUCAUCAUGACCACUACGGUGGAUUGACCAAGAAGUGGUGUCAUGGCCCCAUCUAUUGUUCUGCACUCACUGCACGCUUAGUGAAGAUGUGUCUGUCAGUAAAUUCCGACUAUAUUUAUCCUUUGGAGCUUGAUACCAAUUAUGUCAUAGAGGGAGUGACAGUUACCUUGUUAGAGGCCAACCAUUGCCCUGGUGCAGCUCUAAUCCACUUCCAACUAAGUGAUGGAAAGACCUAUCUCCACACUGGGGAUUUUAGAGCAUCAAAAUCAAUGCAAUUGCAUCCACUUCUCCAGAGAGGCAGGGUAAAUUUGGUUUACCUGGACACAACAUAUUGCAAUCCCAAAUACAAGUUCCCACCCCAGGAGGAUGUUAUUGAUUUUGUUGUGAGGACAGCUCAAAGAUAUCUAAAGAAACAGCCAAAAACCCUCAUUGUUGUUGGGGCGUAUAGCAUUGGGAAAGAGAAUGUGUAUCUAGCAAUUUCCCAAGCUUUAGAGGUCCCUAUAUACACUGAUGCAUCAAGGAGGCGGAUUCUUCACUCAUUUGGCUGGUCAGACUUAUCCAAAAGGAUAUGCUCAUGCAAUCAAAGUUCACCACUACAUGUUCUGCCCCUUGGAUCUGUAAAUCAUGAGAACUUGAAGAAGUACUUGGAGACUCUUAGUGGAAGAUUUCUAGCUGUGCUGGCUUUUCGGCCUACAGGUUGGACUUUCUCUGAGGCAACUGGAAAGCAUCUUGACCUAAUAAAACCAAGUUGUAAUGGCAGUGUAACAAUCUAUGGUGUGCCUUAUAGCGAGCAUUCAAGUUUCACUGAGCUUCGGGAUUUUGUGAUGUUUCUGAGACCUCAAAAGGUAAUUCCUACUGUUAAUGUUGGCAACGCAACAAGCCGAGAUAAAAUGCAAGCACAUUUCCGGGAAUGGCUGAAGAGCCUGUGAUAAAUAAUGCCUGUUCAGGUUUUCUUUCUAUAUCGGCAUCAGCUUUAGUCUAUUCAAUGUACUGUUGUAUACCAUGCUUACACUCAGUCCACAUGUUGAAUCGAAAUACAAGAUUUCACAGGAUAGAACAGUGGGAUUUCCUAGAUGCAACUGGUAGUUGGCUAUGCUGCCUUCAGAAUUCUGUGGAAGAAAUUAAUACAUAACCCAGCUUCUGAAUUCUAGCCUAACACCUGCUGGACUGCUAGUGUCACAGCUUGUAUUGGCAACAUAAGCACAAAUUUCAGCUACUGUAGUGAUUAAACUAUUUGUUCUUAUUCAUCCCAAAUGAUUUUCUACAAGGUGGUAGAGUCAUGGAAUGACUAAUUUUGGUGAGAUUUC